AAAAGGGGGAAAUAGAGCUCCCCAUUGACACCAUCACACCAAUAGCAUUAGCUUGCUUAACACCAAAGACGACCCCCUAAACUACAUAACAUAAUCCCCAUUUCCACCCCUAUUUAAGCUCUCAGAUUCAUCACUUCAGCUCCAAUUAAAUCGCUUAUCUCUCAUUUCGUGACGCUUGGAUUUGGAUUUAUCUGAAUUGGUGAAAAAUGAUGUCCUUUGAAAUGAACGAUCGGAAGAAGAUUGGGCUAGGACUGACGGGGUUUGGAGUGUUCUUCUCAUUCCUGGGGAUCGUUUUCUUCUUCGACAAGGGACUAAUUGCAAUGGGAAAUAUCCUCUUCAUCUCAGGGGUGGCUCUAACCAUUGGUCUCAAGUCAUCACUACAGUUCUUUAUGAAACGUAGUAAUUACAAGGGAACCAUUUCAUUUGGUGUUGGCUUUUUCUUUGUCGUCAUUGGUUGGCCUAUAGUGGGAAUGAUUCUUGAGGCCUAUGGAUUUGUCGUACUCUUUAGUGGUUUCUGGCCAACACUUGCAGUUUUCCUGCAAAAGAUACCUAUUUUAGGUUGGAUCUUCCAGCAGCCUUUUGUCAGAUCGUUCUUUGACCGCUACCGUGGAAAACGCGUUCCUGUUUAAUCCUGGUGGAAAUGUUUCAAAUGGAAUGACAUUGGUUUAGCUCACUUGUAAGAACUGUAUAGUAAGAUUUUUCUAGAAUUUACAUUUAGGAAGGUGAUGAUCAGUACAGUUUGUUCUCCAACAUUGAGAUUGGCGUUUUUAGCGCCUAAUGAAGUUCUUUUUUGCUCUC